CUCAAGCUGGAAGGCUCCACAUUCUCCAUCUGAUCAGCUGUGAGGGCAGGGAUCAUACAUAUCACACAGUGCAGCACGCAGCAUUCCUUUCUCCCUCCAGUUCAUCAACUUUUCAAGGCGCAUCUUUUAGCUCUCGCACCAAAAUGGCGUCCUCCCUGGCUGUCCAGUCCGUCGGCUGUGCUGCUUCCUUCGCAGCUGCCUCCGCCAAGGCUAGCGUCGCCGGCAAGGCUUCGACAGCCACCCCUCUCAGAGCUUUCUCCGGCCUCAAGCAGAAGAACGCUCUGUGCACUCCUUCCAAAGGCUUCGCUUCUCAGACUGUGUCAAAUGGAUCUCGCGUUCAGGCCAUGCAGGACAUGCAGGUGUGGACCCCCAUCAACAACAAGAAGUUCGAGACCCUCUCCUACCUCCCCCCCCUCUCCGCUCAACAGAUCCUGAAGCAGGUGGACUACCUCCUGGCACAGGGCUGGAGCCCCUGUAUUGAGUUCGACAAUAACGGUUUCAUCCACAGGGAGCACCACACCAGCCCUGGAUACUAUGACGGCCGCUACUGGACCAUGUGGAAGCUGCCUCUGUUCGGCUGCCAAAACGCCAACGAGGUGCUGAGCGAGGUUGAGGAGUGCAAGAGGACCUUCCCUGGAACCUACGUCCGCGUCCUCGGCUUCAACAGGAGGAGGCAGGUCCAGGCUGCUGGCUUCAUCGUGUACAAGCCCAGCGCAAACUCUUCAGCCCAAAGCUCCAGCGGUUUCUGGCAAGCAACCCCUCGGUCUCCAGCCCAAAGCUCCAAUGGGUCUUGGGAAGCAACCCCUAAGGCUCCAGCCCAAAGCUCUUUCGCGUCUUGGGAAGACAUCCCCAGUUUCUUCGGGGGAGCAACCCCUGAGGCUCCAGCUCCAACCCCUCAGGCUCCAGCCCCAACCCCAACCCCUCGGGCUCGGGCUCCAACCCCAACCCCUCGGGCUCCAGCCCCAACCCCUCGGGCUCCUGCCGACUUCUCCAGCCGUUCCUUUGAAGACACCCCCAGUUUCUGGGGGGAAGCAACCCCUGAGGCUCCAGCCCCAACCCCUCAGGCUCCUGCCGACUUCCGUUCCUUCGAAGACAUCCCCAGUUUCUGGGGGGAAGCAACCCCUGAGGCUCCAGCCCCAACUCCUCAGGCUCCUGCCGACUUCUCCAGCCGUUCCUGGGAAGACACCCCCGGUUUCUUUGGUUAAAGUGCGAGGUGCUUUUAGAUUGUAGUUCUAAAGCUUGUGGUGCUGGGGUGCGCUCAUCGGUCGAGCCUUGCUUAGCAUUAGUGAAUCUGACGGUGAUACCUAUAGAGGCCAUUCUUUGGAAUAAGAUUCCUGCAAAUGAGAUGCAUAUAAGCUAUAUAGCACAGCUAUUAGCGGAGGAGGUGUUGGAUUGUGGUAAAAGCGGCGCAGCAGGCAGUAACCCAACUAAUGGUGAGAUGGCAGCCCGGAGCUAGCUCGAUCAGCUGAAUUCGAAGGGACCAGUGCACCAGGUUGUCAAAAUUUCGUGGUGCGGUUGUUACCGUUUGUCAUUUGUUGACUCGGCUUGAGUUGCGGACAGUUGACCCCUUCGUGGAACCACGUGGAUAUUUCUGGCGGGGGGUGUGCUCUAUUGCCUCUCAUUUUGGGGUCCAAGGCGGAUUAAGGAGCUCUACCAACGGCCUAAAGUAUGUAGCGUGGAGAUGCAGGCCCCCGCAGAAUCAGCACUGGUUUAGGCAAGUGCAGUAAUAGGCCAACCCUCAGAUUAUUUUAUGUCACAUAGAUCGACAAACAAUACAUUCCUGGGUCAUGAUAACAUCAUGCUCUAAUCGAUGGUCGCCAACACAUUCAGUUCAGCGAAGAUUUG